AUGACUUUUUCAAGAGGGAGGAAUAUCGUUACGCCUGACCCAGCUGAUUAUCAAGUUCGCUUAGAUGUUAGUAUUAGUUCAAGCGAUGCUACUCUGAGGAGCAACAAUAACGACUUAAAUUCAGCCACAAAAAAAAGUUUUUUUUCUUCUUUGAAAUUAAAUAAGGGAAAUAACAAAGUUUCCAACGAUGACUGUAAUUUUACGAAGGUUUCCAAAUCUGCGCCAACAAGUUCCAAUGGUUCUAGGGGAUUUCGUGGACGAUUCAAAGACUUUUUCGGAUUAAAUCAGAAGAGUGCUCUUGGUGAUCAUAAUACUAAAAAUGGUGCUUUUACCGAUAUUAAGAAGGAGAAAAUCGGCGUUGAUGAAACAUAUGCGUCGUCAGACGAGUUGCCACAUGUUAGUGAAUUGAACUAUGGAACGAACAUUGAAAUUGAUCGUUCCAAUCAUUGGAGAACAAUGGAAAAUAAUGUGGCAGAUUCAGUUUCCAAACAAACGUCUGGGAUUUCGGAUGACGAAGGCCCAUUUCCUUCCGAAAUAGCAUAUGGGCAAUCCAAAUCCAAAUUUCAUGAUGAAGAAAGUUCCACUAAAUCCUCAGUUAUUAGUGAUGGCUUCGAUAGAAUGGAUAAAACUGAGGAAUUCUCUCCAUUGACACCAUCUGAUGAACACAAAGAUGUUUUUCAAAAUCCAAAAAAUGAUAUGUUUAGAAAGCCACUCAUAGAUGAGAUUCCACUUGAUACAGAAUCAAAAACAGUUGAGAAUCUAAUUUCUGCCCUAUCUAUAUUAAUGGACCAUUGGCUAAGUGUUGAGGUUCUAAGUGACAAAGAUCUUACUGUUCGCAAUAUAAGUGAAGAGAUACUUAGGCUUGUAAAGCACAAUGAUGCAAAAUCCAAGACAGUAGAGUCGAAAGUUGAACAAUACAAGACCAGAUUACAAGAAGAAGAAGGGGUUUUGGAAGGAGUGAAAAAUGAGUUAGAAGAUAAGGAGAGGAUAAUUAUGGAGUUAACUCAUCAACUCCAAAAAAAAGAUGAAAACCUCAGGCAUUUUGAUAAUGAUUAUUCUUCAAAAAUUGAGCAGCUGAAAAAAAAGAACACUUUGCUAAAUGAGCAGAUAAAUCGUCUAAAAAGUUACUCGAAAGAAAAUAAUGAAUUAAAAAGAAAAAUAGAAUCUUUUGAGGUAGAAAUGCGUGAGAAACAAGUGACAGCAGAAGAGUUGGAUGAUGAAAAAAAUAAGAUGCGCUUAAAACUAGAUGAUUUAAGAGAUAAAUUAUCUAUUGUGAGUGAAAAAGAGGUUUCAUAUAAACAAGAACUUGAAAAUUUAAGUCAAAAGUUAUCUAUAAAUGAGAAGGAAUUGGCGCUAAGGAAGAAACGUAGUGCCAAAUAUCGAGAAGCUUAUUCCAAGGAAAGACGUAAAGUACUAGAUCUCAGAGAUACAAAUAAAUUUCUUUCCCAUCGUUGUUCUUUAGCGGAAUGCUAUAAGAGGGAGUCACUUCAGUUUAUGUCUGACUUAGCGUGCACUUUUAGAACGUACAUUCCAGAUGCUAUGUUCUUGAACUAUGACAAACACUUAAGAACACUAACCGGGUUUUAUAAUUUAUCAGAGAUGUUAAACAAUGAUACCACCAUUGAGGUUCAAUUCAAGAAAAUAGAAGAUAAUCUUAAAUCGUUUUAUGGGGAUACUGUCAAAAAUAACUUUUUAAAUUUCAUAAUGAAGAAGUAUGCGAGUUAUGUAAGGACAAAUAAUUUCCUAAAAGAACAGUUAACCAUGGUGAGGAACGAUUCAAAACAAAAUAUUCUUCGCAUCUCCAAGCUUGCUAGAACUCAUCCUAAUUGGCAUAUUGAUGAAGAUGCUCCAUGA